AUGGAUAAGUAUGAAACUAUCGAGAUCAUAGGAGAAGGGUAUUUCUUAUACAGAACCUAUGGAACAGUAUUCAAGGCAAGGCAUAAAGAAACUGGAGUUUAUUACGCUAUAAAAAAAUUCAAGGAAAGUGACGAAGACCAAGCCAUCAGGAAGAUCGCCAUGCGUGAAAUCCGAAUUUUGAAAUCUCUAAGCCACCAUAAUGUCGUUACUCUUUUUGAGGUUUUUCGAAGAAAUAAACACUUAUACUUGGUAUUCGAGUAUGUUGAAAACACAAUUUUGUCGGAACUCGAAACAAAUCAAAAUGGUUUAAGUCAGACUCAAGUCAAAAAAAUCAUGUAUCAGUUGGUAUCAGCUUUUUUUUAAAAAAAAAGAAGAUAAUGCUAAGAAGGGGGUGCCUAUGAACUUAUAUAUUUUUUAUUAUGAUCCGUUGGGCCUUCUUUGGGACCAGUAAGCUAAUCUAUGAUCCCAACCUGCCAGUUAUUCUGACUAGGCAAUAGGCGACUGGCUGGAAUCAUUAGACCUGUUUAAGGUCCCAAAAGAUCCAGCGAAUCAUGAAAUUAUAGGAUAAAGCUAUUCUGCAUGACUUCGUCAUGCAAUUAAAAACUUCUUAAAUUAACUUAUGGUAUCAGCUAUAAAAUAUUGCCACUCCCACAAUAUUGUUCACCGAGACAUAAAGCCCGAAAAUUUACUAUUAACCCAAAACGGAAUUUUAAAGCUCUGCGAUUUUGGCUUUGCCAGAGUUCUGGCAACCCUCAACGGAAAAUACACAGACUAUGUGUCCACACGCUGAUAUAGAGCUCCAGAGCUGCUUGUAGGGGAUAUAUCUUUUUAUAAUAAAUUUAUAUUUAGGCCAUUAUUCCUUAAUUAAAUAGAUUUCGCUAUAAAUCUGUAUAAUGAGUAUGGAAAAGAGGUAGAUGUCUGAUCAAUUGGCUGCAUUUGUGCAGAGCUGCUUACUGGCCUUCCGAUUUUUCCUGGGGAUUCAGAUUUUGAUACAUUGCGACACAUUCUUUCUAUAAUUGGCGGAAAUUUGUCAGAUAAGCAGUCUAAUGCUUUUAGCACAAACCCAAUAUAUGAAGGGGUUGAGGUAUUUUUUAUAUAGCUUCCUUUGCCCAAAAAAAUAGUCACUCUUGAAACAAAAUUCAAAGAAUUUCCAAGCAACGUUGUAUCAUUUUUAAAAGGUUGCUUUGUUUUUGACCCAAAAUCUAGGUUUACUUGCGAUGACUUAUGCUUUUCUAUAUAAAUAAAUAUUUUUUUAUUAUUUUUUUCCUUUUAACACCUAAAUUACUAUAAAAUUAUAUUAAAGCAUGAUUAUUUUUCGACUUCUUUUAAAGCUUCAUUUGAGCAUGAACUAUUAGAAAUAUUUAACGACGAUACCGAAAAUAAUUUUAGCCUAAAAAAAUCAAUGAGCGAGCAUUCGUCCCCUGAGCCUGGAGCCCUCCCACGGACAGUCAGAGAUGUGACCCCAAAAAGAAACAUCGCAAAAAGCAUCAAUUUAAAAUCUGAUGAAAUUGUCCCAGGAAAAGACCAAGAAAUAGAAAGAAAUCAGCUUCCCCCGCCUAAUUUUUUGCCGAAUUUAAGGCUGAGAAGAGAUGAAGAAACAUACCCGAAUUUAUCACAUCAGGAAAUUAAGAAAAAAAAAAGCGAUUUAAAAAUCCCAGUCCUUAAUGGGGCCAAGCAUUUUAAUGAAAGCCGACAAAUCCCAAGCUUAAAACAAAUUGAGAUUGAUAGAGGACAAAAUGUUAGCCCGACCUAUUUUGAGCAUGAGGAUGGAAAAAUGCAUUAUUCGGUCAAAGGAAGACAUAUACUUUUUUUAAAUUAAUUUUUUUUUUUAAUUAAAAUAGCAAAAAUCAAUUAAUUUAUUUAAAAGGAAUAAUUCGAAAAGCAACUUAAAAGUUAGAAACGGAGAUUUUGCCUAUAUACAAGCCAUCACCCCAGUACCACAGCUGAAUCAUAGACAAGUUUUCGGAAAAAAAUCGAAUAUUAAACUGUAAAAAUUAUGUAGACUAAAGCCGAGGAUAGGAUUUGAACAAAACAUCGCCCGAGUCAAGCCUUAA